CACUGCAAGGAUGUGGGAAAGGAGCUCAUCAGGGAUGUCUGCCAAGGGCACUGCAGUGAGCCCAGCACUCCCAACAAGAGGAGCUGGCAGCACCACUGCCCCCAGCACGGGCAUGGAGAGUGGCACUGCUUCCUCCUUACCUCUCCGCUCAGCCACAACAAGCCACUCCUCCUCCUCAUCUUCCUUCUCUCCUGUGGGCUCCUCAGCCAUGACUCCCAGCCCUGAGCACAGCAGCACCAGCAGCACCUCUGGAACACCCUUGGGCACCACAUCCCACACACCCACAGCACCUGUGUUCUCCUCUCCAUCCUCCCCUGCUGCUGUUACAGACAUUGAGUCGGAGCCCAUUGUGAACAGCCCGGCGCCUUCCACCUCUAGCACCUCUUCCAUGGGCUCCUCAGCCAUGACUCCCAACCCACAGCACAGCAGCACCAGCAGCACCUCUGGAACACCCUUGGGCACCACAUCCCACACACCCACAGCACCCGUGUUCUCCUCUCCAUCCUCCCCUGCUGGCAUUACAGACAUUGAGUCGGAGCCCAUUGUGAGCAGCCCGGCUGCCAUCGCACCCAGCACCAGCCCAGCACCUUCCGCCUCUGGCACCUCUUCCAUGGGCUCCUCAGCCAUGACUCCCAACCCACAGCACAGCAGCACCAGCAGCACCUCUGAAACACCCUUGGGCACCACAUUCCACCCACCCACAGCACCCGUGUUCUCCUCUCCAUCCUCCCCUGCUGGCAUUACAGACAUUGAGUCGGAGCCCAUUGUGACCAGCCCGGUGCCUUCCGCCUCUGGCACCUCUUCCAUGGGCUCCUCAGCCAUGACUCCCAGACCUGAGCACAGCAGCACCAGCAGCACCUCUGGAACACCCUUGGGCACCACAUUCCACCCACCCACAGCACUCAUGUUCUCGUCUCCAUCCUCCCCUGCUGCUGUUACAGCUGGGCCCGCCCAGGCCGUGACACAGGGCCCAGCCACCCCCAGGCCUGUGGCUGCCACACCUGGCACCUCUCCUGCCCCAGGCACCACCGUGGCCGGGCUGUCACCCGCUCUGGGCAGCAGCACGGAGACACUGCCAGCUCAGCUCAGCACCACAGCCCUCACACAGGGACAAGCCACGCUGGAGGUGACAGCCACUUCAUCCCCCACGGCGAGCCCCUUGCCUGCUGUGAGCACGGCCUCUGUAGGCAGCAGAGCCUCGACUCCUCCUGGAGAAGGGCAGAGUUCCACCAUGGGCCAGGGGAGCACAACAGCUGAGCCCACUGCCGGGACCUCCCAUUCCUUCCCUUCCACAUCCUUGGCAACGCCAUCCACGACGAGCCCUAGUACAUCAAUAUCUGUUAAUCCUUCUUCCACUGGAACUUACAAACAUACAACUCCAGCUCCUCCAAACACCAACACCACCAGUACAAAUGAAACAGCAUCAACAACUGCAGCUCCUCCAAACACCAACACCACCAGUACAAAUGAAACAGCAUCAACAACUGCAGUUCCUCCAAACACCAACACCACCAGUACAAAUGGAACAGCAUCAACAACUGCAGUUCCUCCAAACACCAACACCACCAGUACAAAUGGAAUAGUACCAACAACUGCAGUUCCUCCAAACACCAACACCACCAGUACAAAUGAAACAGCAUCAACAACUGCAGUUCCUCCAAACACCAACACCACCAGUACAAAUGGAACAGCAUCAACAACUCCAGUUCCUCCAAACACCAACACCACCAGUACAAAUGGAACAGCAUCAACAACUGCAGUUCCUCCAAACACCAACACCACCAGUACAAAUGAAACAGCAUCAACAACUGCAGUUCCUCCAAAGACCAACACCACCAGUACAAAUGAAACAGCAUCAACAACUGCAGUUCCUCCAAACACCAACACCACCAGUGCAAAUGAAACAGCAUCAACAACUGCAGUUCCUCCAAACACCAACACCACCAGUACAAAUGGAACAGCAUCAACAACUCCAGCCCCUCCAAAUACAAACACAACUGGAUUUACAGGAUCUACAUCUAAUUCCAUUUUCAAUACCACUUUUACGUCAGCACCUUGCAUGACAGUGUCCAUCGAAGUUCAGAACGUGACUAGAGAAGAAAUACAUCUCAGCUGGACCAGUAGUAGCAAAGACAGCCUCUACCACAUCUCUGUCAUGGAUGGAAAGGAGAUAAAUACAAUAACUACAAAUAAGACAAAAACUGUGUUUAAAAACCUGCUUCCUGGCCAUUUGUACACCAUUUCUGUGGAAGUGUCAUCUUGUGCUGAGAAUCAAAAAACUUCAGUCACUGUCCGAACAGAUACUGAUUCCUGUUUCGAAAGAAGUGAGUUUUGUUCAGCACAAAGUACUGGCUGUUCUGACUUGAAAGGCAUUGCAUGCUCCAACAACCAAGCAUUUGCCUGCAAAGUUUGCUUAAAAAAUGAGACAUUUAAUAAUUCACUUUAUAACUCUCAUAGUGAAGGCUAUGCAGCAAUGUCUGAAAGGAUCAAAGCAGAUGUUGUUGGAGCAAUGAAUGCUGAACUGGGGAAUGACCACUCUGAUAUUGUUGUGCUGGGGUUCAGACCUGGCAGUGUGAUUGCUGAUUUCCUCUUUCUGCUGCCAAAAGAAGAUGCCAUGGAUGUGGAUGGUGUACAGGACCAACUGAGUAGAGUAUUAAGGAACAAGUUUGGGAACCAAACUGAAGUGCAAUCUCUGUCUGUUCAGUCAUCAACUGACAACAGUUCCUCCUGGAGAGUAGCAGUGAUUGUCCUUGGAGUUUUACUUGGAGUUGCAUUAGUGCUGAUUCUCCUGGCAAUACUGUUUUACAUCUAUGAGAGGAGAAGAUCAGGUAAAUACUUGGUUGAACCCUCAGGACUCAUCGGAAUGUUUGUCUACAAGCACUUAUAAGAUAAACCAUCAGUUCCAUUUAUAUAUUUUGGGCAUGGCAGAAAAUUAAUAUAUUUAUGUUAUAGUCCAAUGUUAAUUGUGAUAUUAACUUAGGAUAAUUCCACCCUUUCCUUCCCAAUGUCCAUUGCCAAAUUCCUGAGCUUCUAACAACACCUCAUGAAUCUUCCUUUAAACAGGUAUGGAAUUUUCCACAUUGUACACGUGGUAGAGUGAGGAACAGAGACACUUCUCUUCAUCCCAUCCCCUAUAGGUACUGCAAUGACUCUAACACUGGCAAUCUAGAGAGACAGGAUCCAAACUACUCAAUACUGUGUUUAGGUGACACUGAAAACAGGGUGACUGAGCCUGGUAGCUGUGGCAGGUCACCUGAAUGCUCAGCUGAGCCCAGAGUCAUCCUGUUGGGUUUUGUGCCCUUGGCCAAGGGUGAUUCACCUCCCCUGAGACUUUUACCACCAUGUAAAGAUGCCUUUUUCUCUCCUGUGACUGCAGAAUGAGCCCAGGAUAAUUAAUGUUCUAGCAUAUGCAGCUUGAUUAGGAGAAAAAUGGGAUACAUCUCAGUUAUGUGGACUUUCUAUAGAAGUCUGGAGGAGCAGAAACUUGAUUUGGAGGCUUCUGGAUUCAAGGUUUCUUUAAUUGCUUGGCUAUGAAGAAAUAACUGUUUAUAUCUGUCAAAUGUAUAGCGUGCUAAAUACAGGUGUGUUUUCACAGCAUAAUCUCAGUGUAUUACUAGAUGGGAAAGGCAAACAUUAGGUUAAUUUGGGCCAAAAGUAUUUUACUCACCUAUUUUUGCCAGUCAAAAAUGGUUGGCUGAGCAAGGACGUGCUAUGCAGGGCAAUUUUGUCCUGCUCUUGAUAAUCCUAAAGGAAAAUCCAAUGAAAGUAACUUCUGUGGCAUUGGAGCAGAGCUUGUUUUAGAUUUGUUCUAAUAGCUCUGAAGCAAUGACCUUUACCUUUUCACAUCACUCUUCACUGCAGUCCUGGUGAAGUUAAAAUCUGUCUCUACUAUGGUGAAGCUUUUCCUGCUUGGAAUGUGCUGAACAGAAGAUAAAGGGUCAGUUUACUGCUGCACAUAUUUCCAGCAGGAUGUAUGUGUUUCAUUUCAAACAGCUCUCCCUGUAUCUGUAUACUUUGCCAGUCUGCCUAGGCUCAGAAUUCCUGUUGAGGCACUGAGCAUCCCGUGAUGUUGAGGCCCUGGCUCACACUCCCUGAACACCCCUGUUUUUUGGGGGAUUAAGUUAUGAUUAUUUGGCACAGGUUAGAGUAAAUUGGUGCCAGAAGUGCAGCACAAGGUGGGAGCUCAGCAGAGUGGUGGUGCACAAGCAGCUCUGCUCUGCCCUGUGUGCAGCCAGCAUUCAUUCUUUUCAUCCCUCCUUCCCUGGGCUCUAACACAGCUCCUGGGACAGCCCUGCUGAGGACCCUGCCUGGAAUACUAGUUUUAGUAGCAGGGACCUAUGAAACAGGGUCUUGCAUGCCUUGCUCUCCCUUUCCUUCCAUGCAGGGUCAGCUUGUCUUACCUGAGUAGGUCUGGGGUGCCACAGACACCUCACUGAUGGAAAGAGAGUGAUUAGUAUUUGUUAAACUUCUAUUAUGUGGCUUUUAGAUACAGCUAGCUCUGGUGUUCCACUCACUGAGCAGUCACUCAACAAUGUAUUCUGUCAGUAAAUACCAAUUUCUCCAGGGAGCUCUGUUGAAAACACAAAUGAGUGCUCUCACUUAUAUAAUACUCUUUUAUUUCUUUUUUGAGGGCUCUUCUUUGAAUAGCAAAUCCUCAUUGUCAGUAGACCUUUCUGAUAUCCUUGUAAAUAGUGUUAAAUAGAGACAAUGUACAGCAGGCUUGAACAACCCUGGGAUUGUUCAUGCAAAAUGUAUUUAAUGUCUUCAGGGGGAAAAAAAAAGUGGUAUUUUAAACAAUUUUCUCAAAGAUACUUUACAAAUAAAAUCUUUAUUUUUACA